AUGACCGCCAACGCUCACCACAGCAGCAGCGAUGCUGUCGCGGACGUGGAAAAGACGGUGCAGCCCACCGUAGACUCCCACCCCGACACCUCAGGAGACUUCACCAAUGUCGAGUCCAUCGUGGAUACCAAAGUCGACGGGGAUGCGGAGGGCGAUGCGCCGCGCGCGCCAGAGGAGGAUGCAGCACCGAACAAGCUCGACCGGGUGCCCUCUCAGGCGCAGAAGCUGGGGAAGAAGAAGAUCACCCUGAUCAUGGUGGCUCUAUGUUUGGCGCUGUUCCUCGCUGCGCUUGACAUGACGAUCAUCUCCACCGCUCUACCCACAAUGGCAGCACAUUUCCAUGCAUCUCAGAGCGGGUACUCGUGGAUGGCGUCGUCGUAUCUUCUGGCUAAUGCAGCUUGCGUGCCAUUCUGGGGCAAAGUCAGCGACAUCUGGGGGCGAAAGCCAGUCCUGCUAGUUGCCAACUUCCUGUUUCUGGUCGGCAGCCUGGUCUGUGCCCUUGCUAUUAAUCUGCCCAUGAUUCUGGCGGGUCGUGUCAUCCAAGGUGUUGGAGGCGGUGGUCUGAUCGUGCUGGGAAAUAUUUGUGUGACGGAUCUGUUCAGUGUGAGGGAACGGCCAAUGUAUUAUGGUAUCUUCGGGGCGACUUGGGCCAUUGCUGGUGCCCUGGGCCCCAUCAUUGGGGGUGCGUUCACGACGAGCGUCACCUGGCGGUGGUGUUUCUACCUGAACUUGCCAAUCGGUGGUUUGUCCUUUGUGAUCAUCUUGUUUUUGCUCAAGAUUGACACCCCGAAGACGCCCCUGCUCGCCGGUCUGCGCGCCCUCGACUGGAUCGGCACCCUGACUAUUGUGGGAGGAACCAUCAUGUUCUUGUUUGGACUUGAGUUUGGUGGUGUCAGCCGCCCGUGGGAUUCCGCCACGGUCAUUUGCCUGAUCAUCUUCGGUGUGGUGGUCAUGGCCCUCUUUCUCUUGAAUGAGUGGAAACUCGCCAAGUAUCCGAUUAUGCCGAUGAGUCUCUUCCACGACAAGCGCAACAUCGUACUGUUGAUGAUGUCGUCGUGUCACGCAAUGGUGUUUAUUUCGGGCUCUUACUACAUGCCCCUCUAUUUCCAGACCGUGCUGGAAGCUAGUCCGAUUCUGAGUGGUGUAUACAGCUUGCCCCAAGUUCUGAUGCUCUCGCUCUUCUCGGCCUGCACGGGUAUCUUCAUCCGCAAGACAGGCUUGUAUAUGCCAGCCAUCUGGUUCGGCAUGAUCUUUAUGACCCUUGGCUUCGGUCUUUUUAUCGACCUGAAGCCAUAUGCGUCGUGGCCACGCAUCAUCAUCUACCAGUUGAUUGCUGGAAUGGGCGUCGGUCCCAACUUCCAGGCCCCUCUCGUUGCACUCCAGGCGAAUGUCCGUGGAUCCGACAUGGCAGCUGCAACUGCAACUUUCGCUUUCAUCCGUCAGCUAUCAACCUCCAUCUCGGUCGUCCUUGGUGGCGUUGUCUACCAGAAUGUCAUGGGCAAACAAUCUGCGAAACUAGUGGCAGCUCUCGGUCCUGAAAAGGCCGCGGAGAUUGCCAACUCCUUCUCCGGCUCGGACAGGAGCCUUCUCGACACUCUGAAACCAUCCCAGAAAGCUGUCGUCUUCGAGGCAUUCACAUUCUCUCUGAGCCGUGCAUGGAUCUUUUACGUCUGCAUCGCCGGCUUCGGGUGCUUCUUAAGCAUUUUCAUCCGACGCAAGGAACUCAGCAAGUCCCACGAAAUCACCAAGACCGGUCUCGCAGAGCAAGAGCGCGUCCGUCAAGAACUGCUCGAUGAAAAGAAAGCCGCCAAAGCAGCGCGCUCUGGUGAAGCCAAGGAGGAAGUCUGA